AUGAAAUACACCGUCGUUUCGGUGAGAAACGAGAAGGAACAGUCCUUUCCACUAGCAGGUCUUCAGAUACUGUCAAAUGGUGAUGACACUAAAAGCACAGGGCCAAUAUUGGUGGUGGUUCGGUUGGCUGAGAAUGGUUGUCUGUUGACUCACUUGAAGAAAAACAGAAAAAACCCUUAUGUAAACGACAAGUGUCAUGAUUCUUCACAAAUCGACAAACUAAGGAUCGCAAGAGACGUUGCAAAUGGAAUGUUGCACCUUGCCACCAAAAAGUGUGUUCAUCGUGAUCUUGCAGCAAGAAACGUGCUUCUUGGCAAGAACAAUGUUGCCAUGGUUUCUGACUUCGGCAUGUCACGUGAUGUCUACGUAAGCGGUGAAUACGAGAAUACAACCGGGGGUAUGUUGCCAGUUCGCUGGAUGGCUCUCGAGUCCUUGGAAGAUUACACUUACGACACCAAAACAGACGUAUGGUCAUUUGGCGUGGUGUUAUGGGAAAUACAGUCUGGAGGUAAAACGCCGUAUUCUGGUCUUGGAGGCAUGGACGUUGUCGAUUUUCUCAAAUCAGAAAAAAGACUAAAGCAGCCAGACGGAUGUCCUGACGAAAUCUACGAGAUCAUGAUAUCAUGCUGGCGCCUAGACCCCUCGGAGCGCCCGUCAUUCAGCGAUCUUGUGACGUCACUGGAGCGGGAGUUACUCAAUAGAGAUCACUAUCCGAAGGAAAAAGGCCUCGAAACUGAAUCUCAUGGAAAUGUAAAUUUUUCAGCCGAAGUCGAUAGCCAUGAAGAGCAAACCACUUCCUUCUAGUUCAUCAGUUCAAGAAAAGAGGGCGAGCAUGAGAGGUUUGCAUUAUGGUGUUUGUGUAUCGAGAACAAGCGUUUAGUAAUGUCCGUCCGAUUUAUGGAAGGUGCGCGCGUAUGAGAGGCGGACGGCAACGGAAUAUGAGCCAUACCUGGGACCAAAGUUGUGGAAUAAGCUACCAGGCGAAAUCGGAACCCUUUAUUCAUUUAUUCUGUUUAUUAGCCAUCACUGUACAGUUUUAACAAUCGUAUUCCUAAAUGUGAUUUAAGUGUGUUGGUAAAGACGACAAUUGCUCAAAUUGCAUUCUUUGUAAUUCUUAACAGAAUGAAUUUUUCCUUCCUAUUGUUAGUUUUUUUUUUUCCUUCUUCUGUUUCUUCUUAGCUAAGUUUUUAAUAGUUUAUCUCAUUAGUUAAUAGUUGGUAAGCGUUUUAAUAAUUUAUUAGACAAUAGUUAGUAGGUUUUUUAUUAUAUGAAGCGUCCCCAAUUAGUAGAUGGGUGUUUCCCCUCGGCUAACAAAAUUGCGACACGUUAAUAAAGUUUAUGUAUGCAUGUAACUAAAGGAGUUACAUGCGAUACUCAAAGGAAUCUGUAAACUAUUGAGGGCACCACAACGAAGCGUGAAUCUGUUACGUUUUUAUACGAUUGAUGGCUGAAUGUGUUCACGCUUUAAUCGGUCAGAUGUUGUUAACCUUUAUAUACCGUUGGGUUUUCGUUGUGAGAAGACGUAUCUAAAUCAUUUUGUGGUUAGUAGAUGGCUUUUAGCUUGCUGUACAAGGGGAUAACAUUCCCCCCGCCCCGUUUAUACGUCCCAGGCUUAAUUAUUGCACAAGAUAUGCACCUUAUUUACUCGGUCGCUUUUCAGAUAAUACGCGCGGAUAUUUUACAAGUUUCGUAAUACGAAGCAAGGAAAAAGAAGAGGAAGAAUGAAAAGUGCGCAAAUAAUCGGUUAAUUCAUCGCAUAAGGUAUUCAUUAUUCCACUACAUUUUUCUUGUUAUUUAUUUGUAAAAUGGAGUACUACAGAGUAAUAGAGAAUACGGCAGUGUAACAACCAAUCAUGUUUAACGUUUUUGGAUUCUUUUUCGCGUUCUGGCACAUCACAUUCGACGAAAUAAGAUAAAAGUUAAGCUAGUCCACAUUAUCAUAUUUAUAACUUAUUAUACCUUUUUACUGCGCUUUAGCGGCAUAUCAAGCGAGUUUGGUCGAGCCAUGUUUCGUAUUCAAAAUACCCAUGGCGAGACCAAACGACCAUGAUAUAGUAGCAAAUUAAGUGACCAUGAUAUCGUAGCCAUAUUAUGUCAGUGACUUGAUAUCAGGACAGUAGACACGGCUUCUGAUUGGCUUAUUGCUAGUUUGUGUACGGUAAGGUCAAAGAGCGUAAUAGAGAAAUAGUGAUAUCAGUUAUUCUAUCUUUUGAAUUGGAAAAUGGUCGGUUUUCCACUCACUCGAGAAGUCGGACACGAUUCGAAAGGACCGAUGACUUGGCUCGGGUAUAAGUUUCAAUUUCGAACUUUGCCAAAAUUUCCAAACAAAAGGCGCUUUUUAACAGCACCUUACUGCAUCUACAAAUGUUGCUUAGGCCUAUGCUUAUGCGCUAGCAACCUCAUUCCCAGGGUUUCUCUUCCCUUGAACCGUUUAAUUGUAGAAGGGAGACCCUGGGAACGAGAUUUAUGCGCUAGUGCCUUUAGUCUUUGUAAUGAUAAUUUAUCUUGCAAGCAAUCUCAUUAAACACACUUUAUAACAGUGCCA